AUGGGUGCAAUUUGGACUCGACUUGAGGGUAAAGCGAUAUUGCCGGAUGGACUGCUUGAAAGAGCGGAGGAACAUGCUGGGGUAGAUGGCUUUAUAAAUGCCUGUGGUGCCAAUGCCAACCUGCAUGAGCUGGUUCUCGACACAUUCACAGGAGCGACCGGGGCACGGCGGGGGAGACGGAACGGGGAAACCAUUGAAUCAGAACGCUAG